UCCGUCGUCCCCAUUCUUUUUUUCUUUAUUCCAUUUCAUCGUUUUCAAUCAACAACCUCGCCUCAUCUCAUCUCCCUAUCAAUCUCUCAAGCACUCUUUAACUAUGAGCUCCAGCAAAGACACCAAUCCCGAGGACACACCUGUUGAAGUGCCUGCUGAACAAAAAGACUCUCUCCGCUCUUUUAUCGCCACUCUCGCUCAGUUCUCUGGGGAUCUUUCAAGUCUCACAUGCCCUAGCUUUCUCUUGAGCUCCGUCAGUUUACUCGAAUACAGUCAAUAUUGGGGCGAUCAUCCCAAACUAUUUGCAUCCAUCUCCAAGGGAAGUACUCCUCAGGAGCGUCUUUUGAACGCUACUCGUUGGUUCAUCUCCACCCUCUAUGGCUCCUAUACUUCCCGAUCUACUACCGCCGGUAUGGAGAAGAAGCCAUACAACCCUAUCCUUGGCGAACAAUACUUUGCAAAGUGGACUGGCGAUGAGGAAACUGGCGAUACGAUCUUGAAGGCUGAGCAAGUCAGCCAUCAUCCACCUAUUAUGGGUUUCCACCUUGAGAAUAAGAAAGCAGGCGUCAAAUUGGAGGGACACUGCGGUCAAAAGUCACGCUAUGCUAUACCUGCAGGCAUUGAUGUCUCACAGACUGGUCAUGCCAUUCUGACCCUGCCUCACUUCAACGAGCAUUACCUCAUCACGCUACCUUCACUCAAUAUUCGUGGUAUGAUGACUGGACGCCCUUAUGUGGAGCUCUCUGGAACAACCUAUAUUAUCAGCAGCACUGGAUUAUUAACAACAAUUGAAUAUAGUACCAGAGGAUACUUCUCAGGAGAACGCCAUAGUUUCAAGGCAACCCUCAAGCCCAUCAAUGGUGGCAGCCCCUUUUACACAGCCCAGGGUCUUUGGAGUGGAGCUUCCAACUGCACCGAUGUCAAGAAAAACGAGACCUUUUUGUUCUUUGACUCGGAUGCGGACAAAAGUGUUCCUCCAGAGAUCAAGCCUUUGGCAGAGUUGGGCCCAUUGGAGUCGCACAGACUUUGGGCCGAUGUUACGAAUGCGAUCAACAACAAAGACUAUGCAACAGCCUCCAAGGAAAAGUCGCAGAUUGAGGAGGCCCAGCGUGCGCUUGCACGAGCCCGCAAGGAAAAGGGUGAGACGCAAGCAGAUGCUCUGCAGGUGUUUGAGCUGGUGAAUGAAGAUAAUGACGAAACUGGUAGAACGUUCGUAUCACUCAAGAAGCAGUUAGUAGAGGCAGUUGGUGAAAAGGCCAUCAAAGAAGACGAUACCAAACCCCAUUGGAGGCUGCGCCAGCCAUUAUAAAUAAGGCGGCACCGCUUUUCGAUGCUAUAAUAGUUUGGUCCACACUUUUUUAGAUCAAGAGUAUGACAAGAUCGUUUAAUUAAACAAGCAAUUGUGACGUGAUAUUAUAAAUGGCUCAUUGUCAAGAGCACAGUAAUUUAGUAACACGGGCUGUUGCUCUUCUCUCCCGCU